AUGGCAAUGAAGAUAGAGAAAGAUGUGAGCCUAAAAAAGAGCAAGACGUCCAUGGCAGAAGAUGAGUUACAAGCAGCACGGUGUGUCAAGAGAAGACGAAGAGAGCCUUCUGCUGCAGAAAAUACUGGCCAUGUUAACAACCAGCAACAACUGCAACAACAAGAAGUUAGUGAAAACUCUACAACAAACACUACAAAGAGAAGCUCAAGAUUUCGCGGUGUUAGCAGACAUAGAUGGACGGGUCGAUUUGAAGCUCACUUGUGGGACAAACUCUCUUGGAACAUAACACAAAAGAAGAAAGGGAAGCAAGGGGCUUAUGAUGAGGAAGAAUCUGCUGCCAGAGCAUAUGAUUUAGCGGCACUUAAGUAUUGGGGAACAUCAACUUUCACCAAUUUCCCAAUAUCAGAUUAUGAGAAAGAGAUAGAUAUAAUGCAGACUAUGACCAAAGAGGAGUACUUGGCCACUUUAAGGAGAAAGAGCAGUGGCUUUUCAAGAGGCGUCUCAAAAUAUAGAGGUGUUGCAAGACACCACCACAAUGGUAGAUGGGAAGCAAGGAUAGGAAGGGUUUUCGGAAACAAAUACCUCUACCUUGGCACCUACAGCACGCAAGAGGAAGCUGCCCGUGCUUAUGACAUAGCAGCCAUUGAGUAUCGAGGGAUUCAUGCUGUAACAAACUUUGAUUUGAGCACAUACAUAAAAUGGUUAAAGCCUGCAGGAGGAAGUACCCAAGAAGCAAAGCUUGAAUCACAGACAGUAGUAGAUUCUCAAACAGUGGCAUCCCCAUCCCCAUCUAACAAUACUCUGAUUGAAGAGUCAAAGUCUCUGGCCCUUCACAACAGUUUUUUCAGUUCAUAUUAUCUGGAUUCCCUUGAAAAGGAAGAACUCUUGGGAAACAAAACCUACCAAUUCUCGAGCAAUAAGUCAUCUUCUCCCACUGCACUUGGCAUUCUUCUACGCUCUUCGUUGUUCAGAGAACUAGUUGAGAAGAAUUCAAAUGUAUCUGGAGAUGAAACUGAUGAUGGGGAAGUCACAAAACAUCAACAACAAAAGAUAGCUAGCGAUGAUGAACUUGGUGGAAUGUUCUACGAUGGCAUUGGUGAUAUCCCAUUUGUCUGUGAUCCCGAUAGAUACAACUUAGAAUUGCAAGAAAGAGCCUUGCAAUCAAUAUUUUGA